AUGCAAUUAAAGCACUGCUAUAAUUCAACAUUGGACUUUAAUAAGUUUAAAGUGGAAAUCAGAAAAAGAUUUGACCACAUGCAAAGAAAAUGUAACAAAUUCGAGAAAAAACGAAGAUCGGUACAUGCUUUACCUAAGCACGUCUUAGGUCGUAUCAUUGUGAGCGAUAAGUAUCGUUUCAUGAUGUGCUUGAUUCCAAAAGUAUCUUCUACAUCAUGGAGAAGGAUAUUUUUACAAUUAUCGGGAAAAUUUACAGACAAAAGAUUACAAACACUAACCAAUCGUGCCGUGUUUUAUAGAAUGUACAAACAUUAUAAAACAUUGCAACAUUACAACAAGAAUGAAAUCGAUUUUCGAUUAAAAAACUAUACAAAAGUAGUUUUUGUUCGCAACCCGUUUGAACGAAUAUUAUCAGCAUACAGAAGUAAAUUCGUGAACAGUAAUCAAUUCCAUAAAACUUAUGGUACCCAAAUUAUAUCAAAAUUUAGACACAAUGCUACAAAGCGUGAGAAGAAAAGAGGAGACAAUGUUACUUUCUUAGAAUUUCUAAAAUAUAUAACUAUGACUAAGAAUCACAAUUUCCACUGGGCAACAUUCUGGAAUGUAUGCGCUCCGUGUACGAUCAACUACGAUUAUAUAGGGAUGUUCGAUAACUUAAAAACGGAGUCUGCUGAUUUUCUCCAAUAUAUUGGCGCCAAAGGAGUUAAAUUUCCAAGACGAGCUUUGUUCUAUAAAAAAGGCAAGACAACAACAAAGGUUACAAAGAAAUAUUACUCCCAUAUACCAACAAAAUAUUUAGCAGCUAUACGAAGAAUUUACAAAAAAGAUUUUACUUUAUUUGCCUUUCCGAAUUCGGCCAUUGAUAAUUUAACAAGUAAAAACACUUAA